UGUGCGCUCUUGCUUAGAAAAAACACUAGCACACUUUUGUUUCUCUCUCUCUGUAUAUAUUAUCUACCCGGAGCUUGCUCUGCCUACUUCUAUAUAUCCUCCCAGCAGCUAACUGUUUCAGCCCCUGUGCGACCAUUCUUCAUUCUUCUUCUGUAGCUCUAAGCGUCUUGCAAGCUCAGCUGCUGCUUCUGCUUGUGAGAAGGUCCCCAUCUGGUUGAAUUCAGCAUCGAUAUAUGGCGGCGGAGGAGGCGAAGAAGGUGGAGGUGGAGGCGACCAAGGACAUCGCCGAGGAGAAGGCGAUUGUGCCGCUGCCGACUCCGCCGGCUGCAGCCAAGAUCGACAAGCCGGCCGACGACUCCAAGGCUAUCGUUGCUGUCAAGGACGCUGCUGAGAAACCUGCAGCUACAGGAGGUUCAACUGAAAGAGAUGCUUAUCUCGCGAAAAUUGUAUCCGAGAAGAGAUUGACUCUGAUCACUGCAUGGGAGGAGAGUGAGAAGGCGAGAGCUGAGAACAGGGCUGCCAAGAAGCUUGCCUACAUCACAUCCUGGGAGAACGCGAAGAAAGCAGAGAUGGAGGCCGAGCUUAAAAAGAUCGAGGAGCAACUGGAGAAGAAGAAGGCGGCGAACGAAGAGAAGCUGAAGAACAAGCUGGCGAUGCUCCACAAGACGGCGGAGGAGAAGAGGGCGCUGACGGAGGCGAAGCGCGGGGAGGAGAUGAUCAUGGCGGAGGAGCUGGCCGCCAAGUACCGCGCCAAGGGUGAGGCUCCCACCAAGCUCUUCGGCCUCUUGAAAGCAUAAGAUGAAGCGCCCACGAUCUCUGCCGAAGAAUAUGCAUACGUUGGAAUUGUUACCUGUAGUAGACUUGGUGCGUGGCAUGUUUGUGCUUUGUGAAUGUGUAUUAAUUUUGUUGUUGGAAGGUUUGGUAUCUGGUGCAGUUUGUAAAAAGGAAUUCUUUAUUAUAUGCAUAUAGGAGUGCAUUUUAAAUGGACAGUUAUACUCGUCCAUUUUC